GAUAACUCGUGAUAGAGGUUAUGUAUAUCAUAACAUAAAAAAUACUAUUCUUUGUUCUUAAAAUUGUGAAAUCUAAUAAUAAACAACAAUGUUCAGGGUAUAUUAAUAAAAUGGGUGGUGAAACACUUACGUAUAAUUUUUUUUUGUGACUACUGAAGCAAAAAAAUGGAAAAUAUUUUCGAGGAACUGGGUAUACCUAAGAAGUACUUGAAGAAGUCAUGUACAGAAGACAGAUAUGUAGCUUUAGUCCAUAAGCUCUGGUUAAAGUCUUUGGUGAAACAUUUAAGGUUAACGGAAUUUAUUGAAAAAUCUCGCUUAGAUGCAUGGCCUAACACUGACGAUGAGGUUGGAUUGUCAUGGAUAAAGGUAUUUGUUACCGUUUUGAAGAAAAGAGAUUCGAAAGUUAUACCUCUACCUAAAAUACGGCCUUCUACUAAAGAGGAGAAUGCUUUGAUGUUUUCUCAGUUAAUGCAGUACAUUUCGCAAACAAAUUAUAAGAACUUAUGGAAAGAAGCCUAUAAAAAGUAUUCGUUUACUUCAGAGCCUAGUAAAGAAACUCAGGUGAUCCUUGUAGAUUAUAAUGAUGUUUUAAAAGAUAUUAUUACAAGAUUAUACGGCUGUCCCAUCGUAAAUACAUGUAAUCCUGAAUCAAGUACAGAAUCUUCGAAAUAUUUUGAUGUAAACCUAAACAUUCUUCCUUCAGUAUGUGCAGUAGAAACAUUAAAUGCAAUCUUUUUAAUCCACGUACCUUAUUUCGAGCACAAUUUACGUGACUGCGUUACAUUUUCACCUGCUAUAUUAGAUAAAUGCUACAGCAAACCGCUUUUUAUCGUUUUCCAGCUGCUGAAUAUACUGAAGUCACUCCAUGACCGUAGUUUAACAUUAGGCGAUGUAAAUUUAAGUGAUAUAUACAUGACUGAAGAUAUGUGGAUAUAUAUUUUUCCUCAGAUCAGCUCUAAUAUUUACGUACAGAAUCUGCCUCAGUUUGAAACCAAAAAUGCAAAUAUGAUUCAAGACUGCCGCAAGUUGGGCCACAAAUUUGAUAACACUUUCAAAUGCGAAUGGUGCGGUUUGCGGACUUACGAUAAGAUCCAAAUAAAUAACGAAUCUCUGGAAGACCUCUGUCAAUUAUGGAUCGACGGGCAAAUAUCAAAUUUCACUUAUAUCUCGGCCCUAAAUAAGCUCUCGGGAAGAAAACUGGGGGACCCCAGCUGCCACUACGUGUUUCCGUGGGUCACUGAUUUUUCGUCGCACUGCGGGAAGAACUGGAGAGAUUUGAAGAAGUCUAAGUACCGUCUGAACAAAGGCGAUCGUCAAUUAGACUUGACUUAUAACAAUUCCCAGACUCAAGUCCCGCACCACGUGUCUGACGUGCUUUCUCCGAUCACUUACUACGUUUAUAUGGCCAGGAGGACCCCCAAGUCGGUACUGUGCAAAAAUGUGAGGACUAUUUGGGUGCCGGCUGAAUAUCCUAGUUCCAUUCAAAGGAUGCAGGAGUGGACCCCCGACGAAUGCGUUCCGGAAUUUUAUACCGAUCCGUCUGUAUUUAGAAGUAUUCACGACGAUUUGGAUGAUCUCGAAGUACCCCCUUGGGCUUCCGGGCCAGAGCACUUCAUCGAGAGGCACAGGGAACUACUGGAGAGCCCCCACGUCUCCGAUAAGUUGCACUAUUGGAUAGAUCUGACGUUCGGAUACAAAUUAACUGGUAACGCUGCUGUGAAAUCAAAAAAUGUAUGUUUACACUUGGCCGAUGAUCACACAUACUUGACGAAAUCAGGACUAGUACAGCUCUUUUCCCAUCCACAUCCGUCAAAAAGCGUUAGUUCUCCCUUUUGGGCCAAAACCCCACCCAAAAUAUUCAUCCAUAAGCCAGUUAAAGAUAGGGCCAGAGACAGAAGUAGUUCAUCCGUAACGGUACAAGAGACUUCAAAAAGCGACGAGGACGAACACAUAGCAGACGAUCUAGCGGCGAAUUUCUUCUUGAACCGGUCUUCGUUGGAUUUAACUAAAUUGUUGUCACGCAGCCGUUCUUCCUUGCACGAGGAACAAGGUUCCAAACCGAGCAGGAGCCCCAGCAACCAAAGGAGUUCUAGCGUUGGCCCGAAAAACCCUUCGUUUACGUCGCACGUCGUGCAGAAACCGAAACCGAAUCAGCUGUGUGUCCCGUCGUCCUCGUUAAGUACCGGCACAAUAUAUCUGCCUAAGGAGUAUAAACCCGAGCAGGCCCUGGAUCUUUUGGAGAAAAAACAUGCUUUUAUUGCUAAAAUGUUUCACCCUGAACAAGGAAAAGUUUACUCGAGCGUACCCGACGAAAUGCUGGUCAAAGAUAUUGAAGAGUGUGUCGUUCAAAACGCCUUCACGAAUUUUAUAUACUCGGAGAAUUUCAGGGAAAACUUCAGGGCAAAGCCUAAAGCGACCAAGUCGCACACGUUUCCGUUGGACAGUCACGAUGUUUUUCUGCAGAGUUAUCAAAGACUGCCGAGCCAGAAAUCUGAAAAUCAAAUUAUUUGUAACUACGCCGGCAUUAUUUCUACGAGGCGUACAAGAGAAUUACAAGUUUUAGGAUGUCUGGUAGUCGAAGUUUUCAUGGCGAAGCAAUUGAGGGCUAUGGGGGCUAACAAUUCAAACUUACCAUUCAACAAACGACUGAAAUCGUGUUUGACGGUGUUGAAGAGUUGCAAAAGCGACGUCCCUCUCUGCGUUUCGUACCUAAUUGACUUAUUGUUGCAACCGGAGAAAACCGACUUGAAAAAUUUCGCUUAUCCCGUGGUAACCGACUUAGGUUUACCUCCGCCCAGUGCCCAUCUCUUACUGGAGCCUCUCCUAAACUGCAUUAUACCAUUCUCUAAACAUUUCCCGCAUUUAUACGCCUUGAUAUACACCUUGAAGGACUUCCAGAACGUCGCGAUGGAGUUAAACAUUUUGUACCACUUUGAUUGUAACGGAGAAAUGUGUUCCGAGUACGAAAAUUUGGAGAGAACUAAAAUCUUACUUGCUCAGAAUAUAGCAGAAUGCAAAGUGAAAUCGUGCGCUAAACACCUAGAAAGUCUGCUGGGCGAGCUGAACACUAAUACUGAUUACGAAGUUGUGAAUAUUUUGUUGCCACAUAUAAAAGAUCUGAUCGAAGACCCUCCCACUUCUGUAUUAUCGGCUUGGUACCUCUUCGAGCACGUCUCGAGAGUUUUGGGUCCUAGGAAAACCGCGGAAUCUCUACUAGAAUCUAUUUUGAAGCUUUACGAAAACGAACCGAACGACGCUCACUUACCGUACAACGGGAAAAUUGCAAAGCUGUAUCACCACAGUUUCUUGCUUCGUCUGAUGGUACGACUGGGUCUGAGGUGCUUCUUGGACAACUUCAUAACACCUCUGGUAGAAGCCGUGGGUGGUUAUAAAGAUUACGAUAAGACGGAGGUUUUCCUCCACUCCCACUCGGAAAAGGUGUCCAAGAGGACGUCGCAUUUGAAAACGAUGGACUCCGAACACAUGGACGCGUCCGUUAGCGAUGAUUCCAGCGCCAGCGAGAAACAAUCGAGCAUAGUUGUGGCUAAAAAGGAGGUUAAGCCCAGUUCCGACGAAGAAGUUCAGUUUGAAUUUGAUGAGGACAAAGAGGACGAUCAAAUGAAGUCGUUGAUAGAACAGCUUGAGCUUAACGUAGCUUCGGACCUGCCGUUUAACCACUCCACCGCCGAAGAAGCUCUGGACGCUACCAUAGCGGAAAACAUAGACCAGCUGCGGAAUAUCGAAGAACUGAACCUGCAACUGAACGACGAUAUCGUGGAUAUUAGGUCUGGAAUCGUGUCUCCUACUAUACCUAUUCCGUCGAGUUACCAUCACAACGUCAUGAACAUUAGCUGCGAAAUUGGCAGUAAAAAGAGCGAGAGCGACUCGUUUUUAGAGAAGAAAUCUGUGAAUUCUCAAGAAUUCAACGCCGAUUCCUCGAAUUCCAGCGUGGUUUCCAGCACUCAAAAACUGGGUUCGAAGACUAAGAAAUCCGAUACGAAGAUUUCCGAGAUGAGUUCCGACAGUGUGGUUUGGUUGUCGCACAGGUUAGGUCCAGUACUAACUGCGCGAUACUUGUCCAGAAACCUGCUUAAAAUGUUGACGUUGUGUUACGUCGGAAGAGAAAACCUGGCACCGUUGUCCGUUGAGGAAAUAGAGGACGUGUCCGAUAUUUCCGUAACUUCCAGUCAUAUUUUAGGCGAUAGAAACGCCGCUAAGGUUAUGGAGUGCCUUUCCAGUAUUGCCGCCUUGUAUGGUGAACAGUUGAUAUUAUUCCAAUACAUUCCACAUAUGAGCGAACUGAUUUUACUUUGCAAAAGGAAACUGACUCUAAACUUAGAAGGGGGCCUAAUAUCAUGUUUGGCGCUGUUGAAACAUAUAAUUCCAUAUUUAUCCGAUGCAAUGUUAAUGGAUCAGUUACAGGACGUCAUACUAAAAAACAUAUUACAUCCCACCGUUAGACUGUUAGGUUCUACAAAGUAUACCUUCCCAAGUGGACAUAUAGCGAGGAACAUUUUAGCUCGUAAAUAUUUAGACGCUUUAUAUAUACUUUCUAUUCGAAUGGGCUCCGAUAUGACAAAGAAAUACUUAGCUGUACCGGCACUUCAAAGAUUUUUCCUAAUUUUUGAUAAAGUUUACGUAAACGAUGAACUUAAAUAUCUAGAGGAAAAGGGACCUGAAAAGGAUAAAGACGUUACAAAAGUCACAGAGGGGUCUCACUUUGUCGAAUUACGCAGAGACGGAACCACAACGGAAUGGGCAGUGGGUGGCAGACCCGUUCAGAUAUCUCACGUUCGUUUAAAAGAUUCCGAAUCCGCCGAUAGUUUAUCGCCCCCUGUCCCCAGCGAAGUGGUGGCGGUUCUAGCACAGGAGAGCACCAUAAACCUAGCUCUAGACGAAUUAAGGCUUGUUUUUACACCUGAAUUAGCUCACGCCGCUUACAUUCCGUUUUUGAGACACGUAGGUGCCGACUCUUUGGAAAUAUCCCUGAAAAAUCACGACAAUAUCCGCGACUUGUGUCAAAACUACGAACAAGAAAUUCGGGCCCCUCCCAACCUCGUGCCUAGGUUGACGUCAGAUUUCAACAGAAGCAAGACUAUAACGACGUCGAGCAGUAUCGGCAGCAACAUCGCGGUUAUCGGCAACAGAAUAGACGUGCAAACGGAGAAUUUCGACAGCCUCAACUCUGACCUUCUCAGCUUGGUCAGCAGCCGCAUGGAGAACACCACGAGACACCUCCGGGGCAACUGGCUGGCCUAUUGGGAGCACGAGAUCGGACGUUCGGAAAAAGACAACAUGUUCAACUUCAAGCAAAUAAAACUGCAGACUUUCGCCGGCCACACGCACAGCGUGAAGUGCCUGUACGUCCUAGACAACGAGAACAGUUUUAUGUCAGGUAGCCGAGAUAAAACCGUCAAACUCUGGUCGUUGCGGAGCCAAGGCGACGGUUUCAGCACGUCCAACUGCCAGUGGACGUACAGCGCUCACAAGAAAUCGAUACUGACAAUAACUUUCAUAGAAAGCAUGAGGCUGGUCGCAUCCUGCGACAGCGUUGUGCAUAUAUGGGAUCCGUUCAUGGGCGCCAAUUUGGGUAACUUGGAAUCGACUAGGUUCUCGCCGGUUAACGUUCUGAAAAGCAUGCCGGCGCCCUCGACUUUAGUUUUCGCCGCCACCACGGACGGUACGGUGAAGGUUAUCGAUGCAAGGCUUCUGAAUUACAUACAGGAAUUAAGGAUCAGCUUGAAUCCGUCCGGGUUUAUACGAAGCUUGGCGAUUUCCCGUUCGGGGUUGUGGAUUGCCGCCGGUCAAUCAUCGGGAAAUAUCACGGUACUGGAUACUAGAACCGGAUUGGUGAUCUCCAACUGGCGUGCCCACGAAAGCGAAGUUUUACAGGUAGUGGCGGUGGAUAACAACACUUUAGUUUCGAGCAGCCUAGAUCAGACUAUUAGCGUCUGGAAUAUAUGGGACGGAAAGUUCAAGUUUUAUAUGAGCGUUUGCCUUCCUAGGGGGGCAACGGAACCCGUCCACUGCCUCAACGUCUACAAUAACGAACUGAUAUCUGGGACGACGGCGAACCGCGUCGGCGUCCACACUUCCAUAGACCUAGACGCCUCGUUCUCGAGCACCAAGCUCCGAUCUGACGCCUUCAAGGGUUUACUUACGUCCAUGGCGGUCUUGCCCCUAAACAGAUUGUUACUGUUAGGUGCCGACACCGGAAAUAUUAAUUUGUUGUGUUGAAAUUGCCUCGAAGCGGCGAUUUGGGCGGUCUUUGAACGAACAACGUGUCUCGUUUGAUUUUUCACAUACGAAAAAAAAAGAGAAAAAUAAUAAGUUCUAAUUUUGAAUUUCCCGCCAACGUGUCGAGUCCUAUUUUUUCCCUUUUAAAAAUUAUACAAGUCUUAAUACUAUACAGAAAUUAUAGUAUUAUUAUAUUUUGUAUUAAAUACAUCAAAAUAAUGUAAAAUUUCUGUAAUAAUUUUAAAAUUUGUGAAUUUUAGUUGAAUUUUAAAAUUAUAUCUCACCGACACAGAUGUACGUGCUGUAAGUACAUAUACCAUUGUCGAAUAAAUACAGAGUGUGUUGUAUGAAAGGAGAGAAGUUUAGCACUCCCCUAGACAAGGAUGGAAUACAAUACACAUGGUUAAGGCACACCUUGACCACAAUUUUUUUUAUAACUAAACAUUGCAAUUUGUUUCCGAUAUCAAAAUUCCAUUACUCCGAAAUCAAUUAUAAGAGUAGCAAUAAUGUAAACGUAGGUACAAAAAAGUAAGUCCGGAGUGUUUCUAAGACCACCCGAAUCGUUACUAUGUUGUGAAAUUUGAACGGUAAAGGCAUAAUACAUAUGUUAAAAAUCCAGUUUUAUUUGAAUCAAUUAUGGGAAUUUCGAAUAAAUCCAAGCUGUAUUAAUGAUAAGGGUAAAAUAAUAUUAAAUUUCUUUUCAGUGAACUGAAUAUUUUUAUAGCGACGUAACUUGCUUUAUGAAGCAUAGCAUUCCUAGAAAGUACUAUUUUUACGUGAUAUUUUACUAAUUUAAUAGAUACGUACCAAAUACAGGGUGUUUUAAAUUGUGUGCGAGGCAUCGGAUCUAGCAAAAUUACAUCAAAAUUUGUGUAACACUUUCCGAUGAACUUUAUUCUUCCUUAGUAUCUGAAUCAGUAAAAAAUAUUUAUUUAAACCUGAUCAAGUUCAACAAAUUAUUUUGUUAGAGGUUCAUGUGUUGCACCGAUUUUGAACGCCCUUUACAUAUUUUACUAGUGCAAUUAAAAUAGUACAAUGUACGUUAAUUAAAACUAUAAUUUCAUGGCAAAUAAUUUUUAUAUCAGAUAAAUAUCAAACUAAUACGUUAUAAGCCAAAAUGUAUGAUUUAAAUAGUUUUUUAGUUCGGUAGGUGAUGUUUAAAACUUCAUUAGCUUUCGAUUUAUAGGAUGUUAAAAAUCAAAACAAUAUUUCAUAAACGUUAAACAGAUAUAACAGUAAAAAUAGCAGUAAGUACUUUUUGUUCUUUUGAAGAACCGAUAUAUUUUUAUACCAUAAAAUAAAUCAGCGAUAUGAAUUUCAGCAAAUGACAAUUUGUUUUGAGAAUUGACAUCUCAAUGUACAGAGUCUGUUCAACAACACUCUUUAUGGUUCAACGUAUGUAAAAACUUGUGAUAGAAAAUAAAAUGCUGAAUAUGUUGAAUUUUCAAAAACACGUUUGCUCAAUUUUUGGUUUGAUUAUCAUAAAAAUGAACGUUACAGAAAAAAAAGGGUAGGCUGUUGAAACAUUAGUUGUAUUAUUCAUCUACAUAGCCAUGACAGUUCAACUGUUUACAAUUUCAUGGUUCUUUUGUUCGAGUGUUGCAAUGCACACUCUGUGUAUUGUCCGCAAUAUUGAAUUAUAUUUUUUAAAAAAGUGUUACUGUAAGUAAAAAAAUCUAGUCAGUACAUACGUUAAGAAUAUUUUUAUGUGAUUUAAAGAAUAGUUUUUAUUAUUUUUAUAUAUACGAGUGUCUCUAUUAAGUAGGUUUGCUUCAGAUUAUUGCCAGUUCUUAUUUUCUUAUAAGAGUAUUAUAA